AUGGGUCUUUCAACAACAACAAUCAAACUUGUUACCACUAACAACAGCACACAUGUUGCUUGUUCAAUUGGUACAGGAGCAGUGGAUUCAGCUUACAAGGCCAUUAAUCUCAUUGUGAAGGAACCUAUAAAACUUUUGGAAUACUCACUGAACUCAGUCACCGAAGGCAUUAGUGUAACUUCCACUGCACGAGUUGUAAUUUGUAGGGAGAACUAUCAUACAUCUACCUAUGCUUUCAAUAUAACUUAUCCAACGUAUAGUGGGAUUGGAACAGGAAUGGAUGUUGUUGUUUCCAGUGUUGAAGCUUAUUUGGUUGCACUAAACAAGCUGUUAGGAUGCAAGGAAUCAUUUAUAUGUGCUGAAAAAAUUCAAAUUUCUGAAUGAGAGAAAUUUGUGCUACUACUUGCAAUUGCGGUCGUCAUUAAUUUGAAAUCGUUGUUACAUGAAAAAAAUAUAAGGAUACUAAAGAGUGAUGGUGUAAGCUCCGUGUCUUUGUCGAGUCUUUAAAUUAAGGGAUUAUGCUUUGUACUUAAAUAUUAAUUGUCAACAAUAAUGAUUUAUUUAUUAUAAGAAACUGA